CCACCCUGCCCUCCUCCACCACCACCCUGCCCUCCACCACCACCCUGCCCUCCACCACCACCACCACCACCCUGCCCUCCACCACCCUGCCCUCCUCCACCACAACCCAGCCCUCCUCCACCACCACCCUGCCCUCCACCACCACCCUGCCCUCCACCACCACCCUGCCCUCCUCCACCACCACCACCACCCUGCCCUCCUCCUCCACCACCUCCUCCCCACCCUCCUCCACCACCACCCUGCCCUCCUCCUCCACCACCCUGCCCACCUCCACCACCACCCUGCCCUCCUCCUCCUCCACCACCCUGCCCUCCUCCACCACCACCCUGCUCCUCCACCACCACCCUGCCAUCCCCACCACCCUGCCCUCCACCACCACCCUGCCCUCCACCACCACCCUGCCCUCCUCCACCACCCUGCCCUCCACCACCACCCUGCCCUCCACCACCACCCUGCCCUCCUCCACCACCACCCUGCCCUCCACCACCACCCUGCCCUCCACCACCACCCUGCCCUCCACCACCACCCUGCCCUCCACCACCACCCCCUCCACCACCACCCUGCCCUCCACCCUGCCCUCCACCACCACCCUGCCCUCCUCCACCACCACCACCACCCUGCCCUCCACCACCACCCUGCCCUCCUCCACCACCACCCUGCCCUCCACCACCACCCUGCCCUCCUCCACCACCACCCUGCCCUCCACCACCACCCUGCCCUCCACCACCCUGCCCUCCUCCACCACCCUGCCCUCCUCCACCACCACCCUGCCCUCCACCACCACCCUGCCCUCCACCACCACCCUGCCCUCCUCCACCACCACCCUGCCCUCCUCCACCACCACCCUGCCCUCCACCACCCUGCCCUCCACCACCACCUCCUCCACCACCACCCUGCCCUCCACCACCACCCUGCCCUCCACCACCACCCUGCCCUCCACCACCACCCUGCCCUCCACCACCACCCUGCCCUCCUCCACCACCACCCUGCCCUCCACCACCACCCUGCCCUCCACCACCACCCUGCCCUCCACCACCACCCUGCCCUCCACCACCACCCUGCCCUCCUCCACCACCACCCUGCCCUCCACCACCACCCUGCCUUCCUCCACCACCCUGCCCUCCACCACCACCCUGCCCUCCUCCACCACCACCCUGCCCUCCUCCACCACCACCCUGCCCUCCACCACCACCCUGCCCUCCACCCCCACCACCACCACCCUGCCCUCCUCCACCACCCUGCCCUCCUCCACCACCACCCUGCCCUCCUCCACCACCACCCUGCCCUCCACCACCACCCUGCCCUCCUCCUCCACCACCCUGCCCUCCUCCACCACCCUGCCCUCCUCCUCCACCACCCUGCCCUCCUCCACCACCCUGCCCUCCUCCACCACCCUGCCCUCCUCUACCACACUGCCUUCCUCCACCACCCUGCCCACCUCCACCACCCUGCCCUCCUCCACCACCACCCUGCCCUCCUCCACCACCACCCUGCCCUCCUCCACCACCACCCUGCCCUCCUCCACCACCACCCUGCCCUCCA